AUGAGCCUCCGUCUCUUGCGAGUUUUGACGAGCCUCAUCGUCAUCGCGCACUUUGCGUCGGUGACAGGCUCCGCAGCCCUCGUGUCCAACGUUUCCAGCUGGGCUGGUGCCGAUUAUGUGAGCGAAACUGGUAUCGAUGCAACCAGAUUUCUGAGAGUCAGCGGCGUCGGUGGUGACGGCGGCGAGGAGAGGGCGGGCCCGACUGCCCCUAUCGUCGAGAAGGUCCAGACCUUGGUCACGGCUUCGAAUGCAGCGCCGGAAAAGCUCCAGAAACUGCUCAACGCCGAAAACUCCGCUGAUGACGCUUUCACCCUCUUGAAUCUCGACAAGGUUGGAGACGCGUUGUUCUCUAUCGGGAAUUACAAGAAGCUCACUCAGUGGCUCUCAUCCGGCGACGACUUGAGUGCAAAAAGUCCCGCGGUAGGAACGUCCGCGAUCUCGACUCUACUUACGCACUACGAUGACGCUACCCUGUACACCCUGAUCACCAAAGCCAAAAGGAUUUCGAGAACGAAGGAUGUCGCCACGAAGUUGCAGACUGAGUAG